CACUUACUCACCUUCGUCUUCCAUCCUCCUUCACCAUGUUCGCCGCUGCUCGUUCUCUCCGUUCUGUCGCCCGUACCGGCAACUAUGCUGGCAUUCCGCGGUCCAUGAUCGCGAGGAACAUGAACUCAAAAGUCAAUGGCCCCGUUGUCGGUAUUGACUUGGGGACAACGAACUCUUGCGUAUCCGUUAUGGAGGGCAAGACGGCGCGCGUCAUCGAAAACUCCGAGGGCGCACGAACAACACCCUCUGUCGUUGCAUUCACAAAACACGGCGAGCGAUUGGUCGGCCUCCCCGCCAAGCGUCAAGCGGUCGUGAACUCGCAAAACACGGUGUUCGCUUUCAAGCGUCUUAUUGGUCGUCAGUACAACGACGCGGAGGUGAAGAAGGACAUGGAGCACUGGCCGUUCAAGGUCGUUGCGAAGUCUGAUGGUCGGCCUGCCGUUGAGGUUGACAAUGGUGGCAAGAAGCAGACUUUCUCCUCAGAGGAGCUGUCGUCCAUGGUUCUUGUCAAGAUGAAGGAGACCGCUGAGCAGUUCCUCAACAAGAAAGUCAACCAUGCCGUCGUCACUGUCCCCGCCUACUUCAAUGAUGCGCAACGGCAAGCGACCAAGGAUGCUGGUCAAAUCGCGGGAUUGGAUGUCCUGCGUGUCAUCAACGAGCCGACAGCGGCUGCCCUUGCCUACGGCCUUGACCGUGUGGACAACGCUGUCAUCGCCGUGUACGAUCUCGGUGGCGGCACCUUCGAUAUCUCUAUCCUGGAGAUGCAGAAGGGUGUCUUCGAGGUGAAGUCAACGAACGGCGAUACCCAUCUUGGUGGCGAAGACUUCGACAUCGUCCUCGUCCAGCACAUCCUGAACGAGUUCAAGAAGGAGUCUGGCCUCGACCUCGGCCAGGAUCCCAUGGCCAUCCAACGUGUCCGUGAGGCUGCGGAGAAGGCGAAGAUCGAACUGUCUUCCACUUCGCAGACAGAGAUCAACCUUCCGUUCAUCACCGCGGACGCUUCUGGGCCGAAACACAUCAACCUGAAGAUCGUCCGGUCGCAGUUCGAGGGUCUGGUCAACUCCCUCAUUCAGCGGACCGUCGAGCCUUGCAAGAAGGCGCUUGUGGAUGCAGGCGUCAAGGCGAGCGAGGUUAACGAGGUCAUUCUCGUUGGUGGUAUGACGCGUAUGCCGAAGGUCGUCGACACCGUCAAGACCAUUUUCGGCCGCGAGCCCAGCAAGGGCGUCAACCCGGAUGAGGCCGUUGCCAUCGGUGCCUCCAUCCAGGGUGGUGUAUUGGCAGGAAACGUCACGGACAUCCUGCUCCUCGACGUCACGCCGCUCUCGCUCGGUAUCGAGACGCUCGGUGGGAUCAUGACCAAGCUCAUCCAGCGCAACACCACCAUCCCGACCAAGAAGACGCAGACGUUCUCGACUGCGGCUGAUGGCCAGACCGCCAUCGAGGUCAAGGUUUACCAGGGUGAACGUGAGCUUGUCAGGGACAACAAGAUCCUCGGCAACUUCAACCUUACCGGCAUUCCGCCGGCGCCGAAGGGUGUCCCCCAAAUCGAUAUCACGUUCGACAUCGACGCUGAUGGUAUUGUCCAUGUCACUGCCCGCGACAAGGCGACAAACAAGGAUCAGUCGAUGACGAUCGCUUCAUCGUCUGGUCUCAGUGACAAGGACAUCGAGCGCAUGGUGUCUGAUGCUGAGGAGUACGCCGAGGCUGACAAGGCCAGGAAGACAAUCAUCGAGGAGGCUAACAAGGCUGAGUCGAUCUGCUCAGAUACUGAGAAGGCCAUGAACGAGUUCAAGGAGCAGCUCGAUGCGGCUGAGAAGGAGAAGGUCGAGAAGCUGGUCGCUGAGCUCCGCGAGGUCGCUGUCAAGGGUCAGGCCGGCGACACGACCGUGUCUGCUGAUGGCAUCCGGGAGAAGAUUAACGAGACGCAGCAGGCGUCGCUCGGCCUCUUCCAGAAGGUCUACGAGAAGCGUAACCAGGAGGCGGCCAACGAGGCGAAGCCGGAGGACAGCAAGCCUGAGGGCGAGAAGAAGGAUUAAGUUCCCACUCUUCCGUUGUCGUACCCCCCCUUCGCAUCCGCCGCUACUUGCUUUAUCAUCCACCUACAUCGCCCCUGCUGCAUCAUGACCCUUUGUCACGUCUCGUCGCGCAUGUCCGUCGGCAUCCAGUCUUUCACGCAUCCAGCAUAGAGCAAAAGUAAUGUUACGCACGCUAUUACUUUACGGUCUCGUCGCACGCUUUUUAUCGUCACGGCUUAGUAUAUGUAUCUAGUAUUGAACAAUGACCACCCCACUCUCAGCAUUGCUCCACUCCUCACUUCA